AUGGAAUUACUAGCACUACUGGGAAUAUUCACGUUUGUAGCCUGCGAAGUUAGUUUAAAAAUACAAAAGCGUCCUGUCCAUGUCUCCUGCCAUUACGAUGAACAUAUAUUUGCGAACUACAUCGACGAUCUCAGUAUAUUCAAUCCUCCAUGCGAAGAUAAUGAAAUGAUCUCUAAAGAACUGUACUUUAACAAAGUGUACAACGGCAUAUGUGUGCCUGCAUACAAAGAGGCCGGAGAAGUGAUAACAAAAGAAAGGCAAAAAUACAUUUUUGAUGUCCUUAACUUCCUCUACGACUUCUGUAGUACUAGAAAAUACGAGCUGGCUGCCGUAACGGCCCUGGUGAUGCAUAACACAUCCUACCUGAGAGUUUUUGAAGGCCCUGGAUAUAGUGAGUUUAGGCCCCGAGGGAUAUUCCAGAUAUAUGGCAAAGAGAACUAUGAGCUUUUGGAAAAGAUAUCUUUCUUCUAUCACGAUUAUUCGAAGGUUCCAGAGAGAGCCGGGUUCCUCAACAUACAUGUCCUCGUGGAUCUCACAUGCUUCUGGUUGCACAUAUCAUAUGGCAAGAAAACCGAAAUAGGCCUUGACGAUGCCCUGGAGAUAUGUAAUUCCGUGCAGUGGAGAGUCCUUUCCAACAAGUGGAACUAUACUUCUUCUGUGGUUAAAGAUGCCGAAGAAAAAUACAAAAUUCAGAAUGAACUCUAUGAGAAACUACGUACGAUUAUCUAUGUAAACUACUAUAGGAAUUGA